AUGAAUGAAUGGGGGAGGAGUCUGGUGGUGCGGAAACAAAACUUUGACAAGAGACAUUCCACACGGAAGAAGAGAGAGCAGAUCAGCGGGACCAGGCCGGGAGCAGAUCAGCGGGACCAGGCCGGGAACAGAUCAGCGGGACCAGGCAAGGAGCAGAUCAGCGGGACCAGGCCGGGAGCAGAUCAGCGGGACCAGGCCGGGAGCAGAUCAGCGGGACCAGGCCGGGAGCAGAUCAGCGGGUCCAGGCCGGGAGCAGAUCAGCGGGACCAGGCCGGGAGCAGAUCCGCGGGACCAGGCCGCAGCAGAUCCGCGGGACCAGGCCGCAGGGGCAGGAGACCCAGAAACGCCCACACGAGCUAA